CCGAUAAACAAUCAGCUCAGCGCCCGACGGGAUGUAUAAAGGCCCCGCCAACAGGACAACCUCAAUCUUCUUGGAUUUUCCUGCAAUCACAAACUUCACCAUGUUACUCACACUGAGCGUUUUCGUUCUCACAGUGUCGUCUGCUUUGGCGGCCAAUACCUGCCACGGAAACAUCGACAACCUGACUCCUACCGGCAUGCAUAGCGGUGGUGUGACAGCCUCCCAGUCAGCCGUCCGCGCUCACCUUACCACUCUGAACGGCCUGAAGACGUGUUAUGAACAAGUGGCAGCCACACACUGUAUCGAGGCCAGUGUCAUCGGAGGUCUCGCCAGCCGCGAGUCCAAUGGCGGCGACUCUCUCACGGCCGCUGGCUACGGUGAUAAUGGACAUGCUUGGGGAAUCCUCCAGUGUGACCUCACGCACUCAGGCCUCCCCUGCCGGGAGUGUGGUGCUCGCACCUGUUGUCAUGUUGAGAUGAUGGUCGGUCGUCUACUCAUCCCCUACAUCAGCCAGGUCUCCGCCAAACACCCGUCGUGGAGCCUGGAGCAGAAACUGCAGGGUGGCGUAGCUGCCUACAACUUUGGCGUGGGCAACGUUCAGAGCUGGGCUGGCUUGGACAUUGGCAGCACCGGCAACGACUACAGCAAUGACGUCAUCGCCCGCGCUAAAUACCUGAAGUCGUUGGGCUGGUCUUAAACUUUUAUGUUGAGAGGCUGAAAAAAAGAAUAAAGAUGUAACAUAUUUUCUACAAAUACGAA